CUGCUAUAAGACUGAGAGUGAAAGUAGUGAUGUCAGAGGAGCAAACUCAAGCGCUUCACACGGACCUGCGCAGACACAGACAUGAGGCACGCAGACAUCACGUCGGUGAAUCCCCGCGGGGCGUCUGAGGAGACCUCUGGCCAGGAUAACCUGGAUUACUAUGGGGUGAAGGCCUCGGAAGAGAUGGCCAAAACGGACCUGGAACGGAUGAAGAAAUACUACGACAUGAUUAAAGAAGUCGCAGAUGAGUGGAAUGUUGAUCCGUACCUGAUCGCCGGGAUCAUCUCCAGAGAGUCCCGUGCUGGAAACGCUCUGGUCAACGGCUGGGGGGACAACAACAACGCUUUCGGACUCAUGCAGGUCGACAAACGAUACCACACACCCAAAGGUAAAUGGAACAGUAGGAGUCAUCUGGACCAGGCCACUGAGAUCCUGGUGGAUUUCAUCGAUGAAAUUAAAAAGAUGUAUCCCAAGUGGAGCGGCGGGAAGCAGCUGAGAGGGGCCCUCGCCGCCUACAACAAAGGACCUAACAGUGUCCGUAAAGCGGUUUAUGAAGGACGUGAUAUCGACUACUACACCACAUGCCAGGACUACUCCAGCGACGUGAUGGCCCGAGCCCAGUGGUAUCGCAGUCAGGAUGUCUCCUGGUGGUCCUGUGUGAUUUCAUGAGUUUGAGAGGAGCUGCUCUGGUGCGACUAGAAAAAAAUCUGGUGCAGUACAGUAUUUUUUUUUGUGCCCAACAUGAUGAAUUUUAGAUCAAGGAUGGUUGGUUACUGGUCUCUGGUUCCUCUCCGUUGUUAAAAGGUCCAUCUUCAGCUAAAAGGAUGUCAUAGAUGGAGGAACCAUGAAAAAAAAAAAAAAUACAAUAUGUAUAAAAAAACUCUUUUUAUUUACUAUAAACAUUGAGUAUUUUGACUCAGCACAACAAACAUUAAAACAUCAUAAUAACCCUGUACUUGGAAGCGAAGCCUGCCUACCUUUCACAUUUGGACCGGACAGUACCAACACUCAGUACCCGGGUAAUUUGUUUGAUAGUUUUUGGUCAUUUGUUCAAUAAUAAGUUUAAAAUGUUACGUCCAA